AAUAAGCUUUCUAACCUGUAACGUAGAAAACUGUGCUCAACUGUGCUUGACAGACUGUAAAAGGCAUAUGUUAGGAUUAACAAUAUGGUUCUGUUAGAGAACGACGCGUUUUUAGGUGAGCUAACACGACUUUUCGAGAAAUCUCGUCUUUCUGGUUCAGUAGUGCUCACCAUUAAAAGAUUUAAUGGAUACAACAAACCGGUACCCAGGGAAGGCAGGCCACCGUUACCAACACCAACUGAAUUUCUUUGUUUAGUAAGAGCUACUUUAAGAUCCAGAAAGAUUUCGACUAUUAUUCAUUCCAAGGAUGUAAAUAAAUUUCAACAAGCAUAUUGGAAUCUGUUAAAAUCAAAUAUCAAUGGUCUGAAGAAGUUAAAGAAAGUGAAAUCUGGAAAGCCUAAAAUCUAA